CUGUGUGUGUGUGUGUGUGUGUGUGUUACAUACACAACACCAGCCUGAUUGUUUGCGGCGCGCGCGGACGGUGCGGUCGAGUCGGGCGCGCGCUCAGCGAGGAAACACGCGUUUGGGUCGGACACGGAACAGCAGCCAAGCCGGAAGUGCGCUGCACGUGCAUUCGGUUCUUCCCGGACAUACACACACAAGGAGAGAGCGUGAGGCGCGUGGAGAUAAGGAGGCAGGAAAGCGCGAGGCGCAGACGUCGGGAUUCUCGUGAUACACACACACCCACGCACGCACACCCACGCACACACACACACACACAGCAGCAGCAGCAGCCGCGCGACCGUCUCCAUCCAUGCAGUCGUGUUACAGUUAAGAUGGAGGACCAGAAUGAAGGCGUUCAGGUUGGGGAGAAUAAAUACAUCAGCAAGAGCAGCAUCCUUGCCCACCUGAAGACCUAUAACCUCUAUUAUGAAGGACAAAACCUGCAGCUGAGACACAGAGAGGAAGAAGGUGAGCUGAUUGUUGAGGGUCUCCUGAACAUCUCUUGGGGGCUGCGGCGACCAAUCAGAUUGCAGAUGCAGGAUGACAACGAGAGAAUCAAACCACCUCCCUCGUCUACAUCCUGGCACUCAGGCUGUAACCUGGGCAACCAGAGCGGUGAGGCUCAGAAUCAAGCUCCGCCCUCCAUCGAGGUGACGCCACCUGAGAGCAAAUUGGAGAACAGCACGAUGAACAAAAACGAAAAUGAGGAAGAGGAAGACGCCUGCUCUCAGCUCCUGAGGACCAAAAGUGAUGCGGGUGUUUUGAGGCGGGGUAACAAGCGGUCUCCUAGCGACCAGCGGCGAAUCAGAAGGCACCGUUUCUCCAUCAACGGCCACUUUUACAACCACAAGACGGCGGUGUUCACUCCCGCGUACGGCUCCAUCACUAACGUACGGAUAAAUAGCUGCAUGACGACGCCACAGGUGCUGCGUGUUUUACUCAACAAGUUUAAGAUUGAGAACAGUCCUGAUGAUUUUGCGCUCUACAUUGUCCACGCCAGUGGAGAACGAGUUAAACUGAAGCCCACAGAUCACCCACUGGUGCUGAGGAUCCUACAGGGUCCGUGUGAGCAGGUCUGCAGGAUCUUCCUCAUGGAGCAAGACCUCGGCGAGGAGGUCACGUAUGACGUGGCACAGUACAUCAAAUUUGAGAUGCCUGUGCUUCAAAGCUUCAUCACCAAACUGAAAGAGGAGGAAGACAGGGAGGUACAGAAGCUCAAACGCAGAUAUAAGUAUCUGCGCUUCAUCAUUGAGAAGCAGCUGCAGUGUUUACCGGAUGGUUCCACCUCCAUGUGAAGAAGCUCCUACACCUCUGACGCUCUUCCCUCCGUCAGUCCUCACACUCCUGAUGUGCUCUUCAUGUCCCUGCAGAAGAGCCUGAGAUCAGCCUGUCUUCUCCACACGUGUGAUCGAUGUAGUCCGUCCUCACGUGGCUCGCCUAAAGCCAGUAUUUUCAAUUAUAUGGAGUGAUGGUACUUAUUACCUUAUUACUGUGUGAAACGUAUCUGCUUUCGUCACACAGGAUGGUCCGGAUGGUCUUCAGCGUUACGAUUGACCAGGAAGUGUUCAGGGUUUUAGAAGAUUCAGGGUUUUAAAGACUGAGAAGAUUGUUGUCAAUGCUUUUCCUGUAUUUCAAAACUGUUUUCAAAACACGUCCUCAUCGGCGUCCACUUAAAACUCUUACAGUACGUUUAACGUACGUAUCGCCUACAUCACGCGAGUGGCCACUUGCAGCGCAAGAUGAAGUGUGCAGAGGGAGGGGAUUUUUUAAUACGAUCACAAUUAGCUAGCUUUCUGACUAGCUAAGAAAUCCACGCAAUUAAGUUGCCUAGAAAUAUUUGCUAGCUAACUGUGCAAACGGUAAGUAAUCUGAGUUGUAUUCAUGCAGCGUUAUUGUUUUAUUGUUAUACACAACGCUAAGCAACUAGCUAGCUAAAAUUAGCUUUCCAACUUGAAAAACAAAGUAGAGAAUAAAACAGUUAAACAAAUAGACACACCAAAAGCAAACAAGGGGUUUGAUUUACUUUGAUUUUAAAGUACAAAAGUAUAGCUAGCGAAUUAGAUGGGUAACAUUAGCUGACUAGCUAAACUAAAACAGUU